UAGUCAACUGCGCAUGCGCAGCUGCUUCAAUCUGUCUGGGUGUAUGUGUAUAUUCUCCUCAACCGCAACAUGAAAUUCUGUGACUCGUAAUAUUUAAAGGCCGAAACUUAAAACACUAUAGAGUGUGAUGGCAACGACUGAAGAUGGAACCAUAUCCACUGAGGAGGUAGUUGUGGUGAAGCCUGAUGGUGAAAGAAACAUCGAGGAUCUGAAUAAUACCCAGGUCAUCAUCCAGCUCCAGUCCAAUACUGCACGAGAAGAAUUUGAUGGAACGCCUAUGUCAGGCAUGGCAGAUGAAGAACAUCCAGAAGAGACUGAGGGAGGUGAUGUUGAAAUUGGCUGUCCGAUAACAUGCGGUGACAGUAAAGCAACAUUACUAGUGAAGAAAUUUGUAUGCCCAGGAAUCAAUGUAAAAUGUGUAAAGUAUGACGAUCAGCUGAUCAGUCCAAAGCAGUUUGUACAUAUUUCUGGAAAGGCCACUCUGAAAGACUGGAAACGAGCAAUCCGGAUGGGUGGAGUCAUGCUAAGAAAGAUUAUGGAUUCAGGCCAGCUUGACUUCUAUCAACACACUACAUUGUGUACAAACACUUGCCGUAGCACCAAGUUUGACCUGUUAAUCAACAACACACGGUUCCCACCAGACAACAGUGGACUCUCAUCUGCGUCUUCUCAAGCUCAGGAGUCAUUUGGUAAUAAAGUACGAGAGACAGAGAGACCGAGUGAAAAGGCGGACUGGAGCUCAAGUUCGGCAAAAUCAGUAAACAAGGAAUCUCAUGACAUCUCAGAGGAUACGCUAAAUUUCUGGAAAGGAAUUGCUGAUGUGGGUUUGCUGGGUGAAGUUGUCACCAAAAUCAGUACUGAGCUGCUGGAUCUGCUGAACAGCUUGCAUUUGCUGAAGGAGUCAGUUGUCUUGCAGAACACAGAAGUUGCAGUGCUUAGUAACCUUGGCCAGGUGUUUGGACUGCUCAACUCUGUCAAGAAGAUGGUGGUCAAGAGGAGGCUGCAAACUGAUCCUAGUCAGGAGCAAAUACUUGGCAUUCUUUGCAAACUGGAGUUGCAGUUGGCAGAACAACGAAAGCAGCAACAGAUUCAAGCUCUCCUGUCAUGCCCACACCCUGCCAAAACCAUUACUACCGUCAAACGGCAGACAAAGCGACCUCGGUUGCAGAGGCCUGUUACUACCAAUACACUCCUGACCUCCAGCAUCAACCAUCAGCCUUCCCUGACACCUCAACUGUUCACCCUUCUGUCCCCAAUCUCAUUACCCUCCUUUGGUCAGCCAUUUACUGUGGCAGGCCUGCCAAUCACAUCCCUAGCCCAGUCAUCGAACACUGUCACCCUGCUCCCCACCGGCUCACAGCUCUUCACACAAUACAUGGUGACCGAAGAUGGGAAAGCUGACAGCAUUACCUUGCACACAUCUUCCAACCUCACAUUGGUGAAUACUAGUCCCAUGCAUGACUCAAGCCAGUUUGGUUCAAUGGUCAAACCUGUAGAGCUGCUACACCUUAGCCAGCCAGAUGUGUGUGCAGAAGCAGUACCCAUAGAGGCACAGGUGCUUGAUGGCGCCAUGUUGAUGCAACAGGAGUCAAUGCAGGGAGAAGAGGUAGAGGCCAGCCAAGAGCACACAGUCAUUGAGAUCAGCCCAUGUUCAGGAGAAGGUGUUGGAGUCAUGGUGCAGCAGCAGACUGGUGAGUCAGCUAGAGAUAAGGCUGGAUUGGUUCAGCGGAGAAUGGCCGUCACAAUUGCAGACGAGCAGGAGGCACAGAAACGGGAGGUUCAGGAGCUGGAGCUGGGUGCCAAUGGACAUGUACCUGCUGUACAGAUUGCGGUGGUAAAAGAAAAUACUCAGGAAGAAAGACUACCAAGUUAAAUAAGACACACCUAUCCAUCACGGUAGGUAUGGAAAAACUGGAUAGCCUUUUAAGAACUUAAAUAUCAUAGUCUGAAUUUAAUAAAUUACAUAAAAAUAAUUCAAUAUACUUUAUUUUGCUUUCAGGUUUUCUUGCACAUGCUUCUCGUAACACUUCACAUUUGAAUUCUUAUCCAAGAAAUAAAGGACUGACUGCGUCAUCUGUAU